AUGAAGCCGGAGGAUCGAGUGGGACGGAUUCAAAAGGAUGCGUUUGUGAUCACAACAGGCUGCGGUCUCGCGCUUGCUCUCCUCGGCGCAAUUAUUCGCUUCCUCAUUCGUAUCCGGGUCCAGAGACAACGCAUAACUAUAGACGAUGGAUUCUUAAUCCUGGCGGUCAUCCUCCUGAUUACGUUCAGCGCGCUCAUGUACGAAGAGGUCGUCAGUCCGAUGUAUCUGUUCGCCGCUCUACAAAAUGGCGUGGAAGGAGUGACUAUCAAUAUUUCAGAUGUCGUGCCGAUGACAUACCGAUAUCAUAAGUUUACGAUCGUUUGUGGAAUGCUGGGCUGGACGUCAUUCAAUGCCGUCAAGUUUAGCUUCCUCUUCUUCUUCCGAAAGAUCAUCCACCAUCUGCGCUACUGGCGCAUGUAUUGGUGGUUCGUGGUGGCUUAUACAUCGUGUCUGUUUGUAUACGGGCUUAUGGUGUAUUAUCUAUCCUGUCCGUAUAUCGAUGAUCCGAGGAUAUUCGAAUGUAACGCCGGCUCCGAAAAAACCAGAAACAUCGUUCAUUCAGCCGUAAAUAUCGCCCUAGAUAUAGUCGGCGAUUUACUCAUCCUCGCCAUUCCCGUCUACCUCAUCUGGACCAUCCGUAUCCACCGCACCCAGAAGCUUAUCCUAUCGUGCUCUCUCUGUCUCACCAUCUUUAUCAUCAGCUUCUCUAUCACCCGCGCUGCCGGUCUCGUUCAUAAUGGCGCCGUCGAUACCACUUGGGCAAUGUUCUGGCACUUCAUCAUCGCCGAGGUCGGUGUUCUGGUGACUAGCGCUACGGCGUUCCGGUCGUUCUUCGUCGCUCGAAAGAACUCUCGUCAGGGGACGUACGAGAGACGAGAUGGAGUUGAAAGAGUAAAUGAUAGGGUAUCGAGGGGAUGGAGAGAUGGAGUGAGAGGUAAGAGUGCGCAUGCAAAUGGUGAUGGGAUUGGGGUUGGGCUUGAGGAAGGUUUGUAUGAUACGGAUCGGGAUACAGUCCAUCUUCGGCCUACGGCGGCGCUUGGAAAAGGGUCGAGAUGA